AUGGCCCUUCACCGGCUUCAAUUGCUCGCGGCGGCUCGCGGCGUCUUUGCACCCGAACAGUGUGGCGUUCGACCUGGUCGCGCAGCAGCUGACUGCCUCGCUGCCGUCGUCAGCACCCUUGAGCGGGCCCUGCACGAUGGGGAGAUGGCAAUCCUGCUCCUACUUGACGUUCAGUCGGCUUUCGACUCGCUCCCCCACGCGUCCACCAUCAGUGCUGUGCGCGCACUCGGUGUUGAGGGCAGGCUCUUGAACUAUCUGCAAGCCUUCCUCACUGACCGGACGUUUUGUGUGCGCGUGGGGAGAGCGACAAGCUCACCGCGCUCCGUCCACUCUGGUGUACCACAGGGCAGUGUUCUAAGCCCGUUUCUGUUCAAGCUGGUGCUCGCGCCAGUCGUGAAGUGCCUCCCAGAAACGGCUGACCUCCCUGUGCGCGUGGUGAUCUAUGCCGACGACGUCGCGCUGAACGUGCGCGGCCCCACUCGCAAGUGCAGUGCUGUGCGAGAACGCAUCCAGACAGCGCUCGAGCGCGUCGCUGCCUUUUUGGAGGGCAUCGGCCUGGCGCUCUCUCCAAAGAAGACUGAGGCGCUCGUGGUUCACCUCAGGGCUGCUCCGCGCCGCCAUCUCUCGUGUCUACAGCUCCACGGUGCGCCGAUCGGCUGGCAAAGCUGCGUGCGCUACCUCCUGCUCACAAUCGACAACCGGCUACGGUGGCUGCCCGCUGUCAAGCGCAUUCACCAGGCCGCCCGUCGUGUCGAGACCUGUGUGCGCCGACUCCUCGCCCGUGGUGACGGCUGCCCCCCACUAAUGCUUGAAACAUCUACGAGCUCUCGUGUGGCAGAAACACUUGCGGAAGCUCGCGUGUGGCCUGUGUCAUUAACAUCCGACAUGCGCGCCCUCUGCCACGUGGAGCGCCAUAACCGAGCCCGGGACGCCGGCCCCCUACUCACUAGACGGCGUGCAGUGCCCAAUUCGUGCGUCGGCCGAAUCCUCGACAUCUACCACAGUGUGGUGGUCGACGAACCGACGCCCCCUGCACGCUGGCCCGCCCCUCAUUAUCGCGAGCCCCUGCCAGUUUCCCUCGAGCUCCCUGGUGUCCGCUGCAAGCGCAACACCCCUCGCUGUGCCAUCGCGCAGGAAGCCUCAGCACGGAUGCACAAGGACCUCGCCGGCAGGAUCCACGUCUUCUCCGACGGCUCUGUCCUACAGGACCGCUCCGCUGCUGGAGCCUGCGUCGCCCCCGAGCUCGGCACUGAACUCCAGCGACGCCUGAGCUACUGUGCCUCUUCCACCACAGCCGAACUGGUGGAUCUGCAGCUGGCUGCCGAUCUCCUUCGCGACUCGGCGGCUGUCACGAGCGCAGUUAUAUUCUGCGACUCUAAACCAGCCCUGCGCCAGCUCGCGAGGGAGGACUCCGGAGCACCACUUGCACAGCUCGUUGCCCAGAGUCUCCUGGCACUACGGGAGAGUGGUUGCGACGUUGUCUUGCAAUGGCUGCCAUCCCACGUUGGCAUCGCAGGCAACGAGGCGGCGGACGAGCUCGCCAAGCAAUGCCCUGCACUUGACUACGCACAAAAGCGGCUCGUCUCGGUGUACCGCCUCGUCGGACUGCCCUGUGCGUCCCUGCAGGACUUCCUGCAUCCCAACGCCCUAGUCCACUUCCUUGAGGACGCGAACCUGAUCGAGCGUGUUUUCUAG